CGAAUGCCUAUGAAAAAUGGUGUUCUGCUUUAAGUGCCACGCAGAGUAAUUACGAAGUUACUUAAGUACGUUAAAUGAAUGUGACUUUAAUAACAAAAAAUUAAAUAUUUUUGGAUUGUAGAAAAUACAGAAGGAAAAUUCUUCUAGUGGAAAUACAAGCACACGCGUCAUCAUGUUUCGAAGAAAGAAAUGGAUUCUAAAGAAACCUCAUACAGCAUCCAGUUCAUCAUCAGAUUGUAUUAUCAGUACAUUAUCGUCUGUUGAUAUUCUGAACGAAAACGAAGGGACAAAAUUUUGCCACGUAAAUUACAAACCUUUCUUAGGGUUCAUAUAUAUUUUAAUAUGUAGCCUUUUCAUCACGCUGUCAUCAGUCAUUGUGAAAAAAAUCACCUAUAUAAGCCCAGGGCAAUUGUCACUGGUCAGAAAUGCCGGAGUUCUGGUUGGCAACUUACCCAUCGCUAUUUACUCUAAUGAGAAAAUAAUAGGUCCUAAAGGGUCCCGUUUACAUUUAACUAUUCGAUCUUUUCUUGGUGCCACAGCGCUAUAUCUCAACUUGAUGGCAUUCAGAUAUCUUCCACUAGCUGAAGCAGCUAUUAUAAUGUCGACAUUGCCGGCUAUGGUAGGGAUAACUGCAAGAUUAUAUCUCAAAGAACCGUGUGGAGUAGUCCAGGCAUUUGCUAUAUUGCUAACCAUAUGUGGAAUGCUACUUUCCAUUCAGCUGCCUGAGCUCAUCACGAAAAGGGACGUUGUGAAGUUCGAUACAAAUUACAUUAUAGGACUAGCAUGUGCUGUAGGCUGCGUUGUCUUAUUAUCCGCAACUUUCGUGAUGUUGAGGGAAAUGAAGGAUGUUCAUUUUUCAGUAAAUCUUAUUUUUUCUGGUUUCAUCGGGGUCUUAGAAAACUCAUCAAUAACAGCUGCUAUAUCAUAUUAUUCUUGGCCACGAUGUGGUUAUGAUCCUGUAUUAGUUAUGCUUGUUGGGGUUUUUGGAUUUCUAGGACAUUGUGGACUCGUAUUAGCAAUACAGACUGAAGCCGUUAGUAUCAUAACUGUUAUGAAAGCAGCUUUAGACAUCAUCAUCGCUAUGAUAUUUCAAGCAAUAUUUUUUCAAUCCCGUCCCACUCUUUACAAUGCAGGGGGAGCACUGCUUGUAAUCUCAUGCAUUGCAAUCAUUGGCACAAGAAAAUGGCUUCAACAAAUGCCAGAAGAAGCAGUACUGAGAAAAAGAUUUAAAUAUUUAUUACUUUGAGAAAUAUUUAUGACAUACGUGAAUAACAUGUGCUCAUUGAUUUUCAGUAUACUUACAACACACGAGUAAAAUAAGAAUCUGAAUUUUAGAGAGAAUGUAAAUGAGUAAAAUGAGAAUCUCCAAGAAUCUUCCUAUCUAAGGAGUUAUCUAAAACGUUUGAAUGAAUGAUAUUAAAUAAUAUUUAUUAAAUAUGAAUUUAAAUGCUAAAGACAGCUUACGAAAUCUAUUUGCCCGUUUAUGUGAAUAAGUAAUAAAUUUAGUGUUAUCCUAAACAAAUUUAUUUUAUUGCUCGCCUGUAGCUGAACUCGAAUUUCCAAUUAUAACCAAUUAAAUAACUAAAUACACUCCUGCUAAAAAAAUAAGCAACAAAGACAAAACUCGAAAUAAAACAAAAACGAUUGAACCGAUUAUGCUUGAAAAUGAUCCCAGAGGUUUAGUAGACGAACAGCAUAUGUACAGUCAAAUGAGUAAUUUCAUCAUAUUUCAGUAGAAAUUCAGAAAAAAUAUAAAAUCCAUAAAAUCCAGUGAUCAGUAAAAUGUUUCAUCGCCGUAGGAUUUGAAAACCAAGAUAACGUUGCGGCGCGUAGUUUGAAGUAUCGGACGUCAUGCUGUAGCAUCUGCACAGUUUCCAACUGGGAUGGAUCUGCCAGAAGUAUGGAGGCAUUCGGAUGUCUAGAACAUACACAGAUAUGUCGAUUGAUUGGGAAAGGUUUGAAAGCAAGCCAUCUCUGUGCAAAAAAGAUUGCCAUUGAGGCACUGUCGUGAAUGCUUGCAGCGGUUUCAUGUCAGAGUGGUAAUGAACGAAUGGCACCGUUUUGUGCAUCGUGUUCAUUUCGAUUCUGUCUCAGCAAUGAUUACCACAAACCCUCAUCAGCUGGGUUAUUUAGGUUGAUUCCUUGACUAAUAUUUAAUAGGAAAUAGCUGCUCAGCGUGUAUCAUGCUUUGCGGGGUGCCAUCAUCAUUAGUAAGUGAUCAUUUCUAGAAUGCAUAACAGGUACAAUGACAGCAAACCGAUAUUUUAAUGAAUGCAACUGUAUAUUCUAUUGUAAUCUCCACAAAUAACAUAUAUUCCAGAUAUACAAAAAGAUCUCUUUUUUUUUUUUCAUAUAAUUUUCGGGAACUAGCAAUCAUCCUUCGAAAAGUGUCUACGCUAUUCCUUGGCCUGCAAGAUGUCUGGAUUUCUCACCAAUCAAGAAUUUGUGGAAUAUAAUUUUGUCAUGUGAAUGCUCUCAAAAGUUUUUACAAUUAGCAUGAGUUGAAGACUUUGAUUAUAAUACCCGAUACAGUAUCACUGUCAUGAAAAAACAUUCAUUGUUUAAACUCUGUAAAAAGUAUAUAUUCAACAUUUAAUUUGCACUGGGUGGGCUAUUUCCGUUAGGGUAUCACCUUAGGUCGGAAGCCCUCUCAGUGGUGCAAAAUGCAAAAUACCUGAUACAGUAUUUUAAAAUAGAAUUCAAACAAUGAGAAUGAUUCGUAGCUGCUACAAUGAGGCUAUAUUUCUUUCUCUGUAAAUCUUGUUACUGAACAUGUAUAAUUAUUUGAAAUUAAAAUCACUUUUCCCCCAAA